CCCCAGUCCUGACGCAACACCCUGACAACAAAUGGAGCUCCUCCUCCUCCGUCUCUCCCUACUCUCUCUUCUCCUGCUCUCCCCAAAACCCAUCUCAGCCGACGAACAAGACUCAAUAAUCUCAAGGUUCCAGCAAUACCUCCAAAUCAACACCGCCCAUCCCAACCCCCUCUACCAAGAAGCCGCCGACUUCAUCCUCUCCGAAGCCAACUCUCUCUCCCUCGAUUCCCACACCCUCGAGUUCGUCCCCGGCAAGCCCCUCCUCCUCCUCAAAUGGCCCGGCUCCGACCCCUCCCUCCCCUCCAUCCUCCUCAACUCCCACACCGACGUCGUCCCCGCCGAGCACCACAAGUGGGCCCACCACCCCUUCUCCGCCCGCCUCGAACCCAACGGCAGAAUCUACGCCAGAGGCUCCCAGGACAUGAAGUGCGUCGGUCUUCAGUACUUCGAGGCCAUUCGUCGCCUCCAGGCUUCUGGGUUUAAGCCCCUCCGCACUGUUUACUUGUCUUUUGUCCCUGACGAGGAGAUUGGCGGCCACGACGGCGCUGAGAAGUUUGCGGAGUCUGACGUCUUCAAAGCCUUAAAUGUCGGGAUAGUUCUCGAUGAAGGGUUGGCGUCACCGAGUGAGGAGUACAGGGCAUUUUAUGCGGAGAGGUGUCCGUGGUGGCUGAUCAUCAAGGCGACUGGGGCGCCCGGGCAUGGGGCUAAGCUGUAUGAUAACACUGCCAUGGAGAAUAUAUUGAAGAGCAUUGAGAGUGUGAGGAGGUUCCGGGCGUCGCAGUUUGAUUUGGUGAAGGCGGGGUUGAAGGCCGAAGGGGAGGUUGUUUCCGUUAAUAUGGCUUUUUUGAAGGCAGGCACGCAGAGUCCGACGGGUUUUGUCAUGAAUUUGCAGCCAUCUGAAGCGGAAGCAGGGUUUGACAUUAGGGUACCCCCUACCGCUGAUCAGGAGUCUUUGGAGAAACGGAUUGUUGAAGAAUGGGCACCCACUUCACGCAACAUGACCUUUAGGCUUGGGCAGUUCAAGCAGAAAGUUUCUGUGCUUGAUAAAUCUGGGAGGCCAGUUCUUACAGCAACUGAUAGUUUAAACCCCUGGUGGGCCCUGCUAGAAGAAGCGGUAAAAAAAGCUAAUGGAAAACUUGGAAAGCCUGAGAUUUUUCCUGCUUCAACAGAUGCUCGCUAUUUCCGACUACAAGGCUUGCCAGCAAUUGGAUUCUCUCCUAUGGCUAACACUCCUAUUCUGCUCCAUGACCAUAACGAGUUUUUAAACAAAGACGAAUACUUGAAAGGAAUCAAUAUUUAUGAAUCCAUUAUCAAAUCUUAUUCAUCUUACGCUGAGCAUGUGACAGCGGGCUUGAGAGAUGAGUUAUAGGGGACAAUCAUGUUUGAAUCCUUCUUGGAAGAGAGGAUAGUGUUUUGCAUUGUUGUAACAUAAUUGAAGAUCAGAAAUGUAAUGCUGUAACAAUAAGGGGGAAGCUAGUUGCACCUUUAACUAUGCAAACUAUCUAUUUACUGCAAUCUGGUUGAUAUUCCUUGUAAAUAGACAUGUUUUUAGUGAUA